AUGUUAAUCUUUGUGACGUUUUUUUGGGGAACACAGUUUUCGUUAAUAAGUAAUAACCCAUAUCACAUUACAUAUGCUGAGCUAGAGAUUCCAUUGCCUCACUUGGAAUCUUUGUGGAAGGCUUCAACUGCGGAUGAGUGGUUCAAAAUAGUGAAUAUAAUAAAAAACAAAAGCUCGCAACUUUAUUCGCAGAAUAUAUCAUCUCAACUGUUAAUUGGGUCUGUUUGA